AUGAGCGGGGGCUGUCUAACGCACCACCAGCAUCACCGUACCAACUCCUCCUACAGCUCCUAUUCGACCGGAUUGAAAGAGUCCAGCAAGUGCCCCACGCCCGGCUGCAUCGGACUUGGUCACGUCACUGGCCUUUACUCGCAUCACCGCAGUCUGUCUGGAUGUCCACGACGCGAUAAGGUAUCCUCCGAGUUAUUGGCCCUGCACGAGACCAUCUUGAAAUGCCCGACACCGGGCUGUAACGGACGGGGGCACGUAAGUGCGGGACGCAACUCGCACCGCAGCCUAUCCGGCUGCCCGAAAGCGGCCGCCACCAAGGCAGCCGCCCGUGAGCUCAAGUACCAGAAUGGUUUGCUGUUCCGCCAGAAACUCCACAGCGCAGUAAUCAACUAUCAGCAGCUCAGCGACUACCGUACAGCCGCCCUAGUCACUACAGCGGCUGCCAAUAGCAUGAUCAAGACCGAGCAGCACGAGAACGACGAAGAAACCGGUGACAUCAGCAGUAAUAGUGCGUCUUCCGUUUCCCUCUCGUCGCCUGCCUCGUCCCCGUCUGCCGGCUACUCACCGGCAUCCCCUGGUCAGCCCGGCCGAACUCCGACACAACCACAGUCCAGGAUGCUCGAAAGUGCGUACGGUGGGCGGGAUCAGGAGCUGGCCCGCUACCAGAACCAGAUGAGCCACCAGCAGCACCAAGAUCACCACGGUUACGUUGGCAUGCAGAAGAGUGCAUCCGUGUACGGUGCGGCGUACGGGAGCCCAGCGGUGGUGCAGCCACCGCCACCCGCUCCCCCACCACUCGGUGUGGACGAGUAUGGUGCGGGGGUCCCACCGAUGCACGGCGCAUCACCGGUGGUGGCUGCGGUGGCCACAACGGCCGCCCUGAAGAUGGAGCUACCGGAGGAAGGGAGCACCACGGGGGUACCGCUCUAUCCGGUACACCGUCCCGGCUACCACUACGAUCCCACCGCCACCUGCACACCGCACCACCCGCAGGGCAUCAUCCCUCCACCGUCACCCUCCCAGCUGGCACAAACCGCCGGUACCGGCUUCUCGGUUAUCAACCUGAGUGUCAAGGUAACGUCCAGUGGGAGUGCCUCGGCGGCUGCUGCUACCAGUGGCGGCUCACUCUGCAACAUGGGCUCUCCAGGUGACGGUAAUGGCGGCGACGACAACCGUGGUGGUGACACACCGUCAUCGACCGCCAUCAUCGAUGAGCUUCACUCGCCGAACGGUGUGUCGUCGUCGUCGGUGCGGGCGUCCUGCGGUGAGGACGGUUCGCAGCCGCCGCCGCCGCCACCGCCGGCCGCCAAGAGCCCGCAACCGGGCACGAGCCCGAAACAGCACUUGGCGAGCCCGCAAGGCCACACACUCGAUCUAAGCGUCAGCCGGCUACCGAACAGCUCGACAGCCGCCGCCGCCGCCUCCAGCAGCCCCUCCGCCAGCUAUCAUCCAGGGGAGGCGGCUGCGGCUGCCUCAGCCUCCGUUGUCGCUUCGGCGGCGAUUGCGGCAAGCGUUCGCUCCCCACCGACCGAACCGGUCGACUUUAGCGGCCCAUCGGCGACGGCGGCCGGCCGGCCCGGACUGGCGGCUGCCGGGUUCGGCUUCGGUCCGAAUCCGACGGCCGGUUACAGCCGCGAGUCCACACCGGACAGUGCCGCCUCGCACUACCUCGAGGGGUACCGGGAUCACAGCGGGUACAGUCCACACCCGGGCUACGGUAUGAUGGAGUACGCGAACCCGGGCUACCCGGGCUACACCACCAACUAUCAGGCCUGCCCCCCACCGUACGGUCCGUACGCGACGGCCGGUUACAACUCGGCGGCCGCUGCAGCCGCCGCCGCAGCCGCUGCCGCCGCGGCCGGUUCGUCCUGCUACGCCAUGCCGCCACCCUCGCACAUCCCGUCGCACGACAAGCUGCUCAAGGAUGGCCUCACCGGCGGAUUGGUUGGGCGCACCGACAGACAGUACCAUCAUGCCAGCACCCAGGAGCUCAAGUGUCCGACGCCCGGUUGCGACGGUUCCGGGCAUGCGACCGGUAACUACUCGUCCCACCGGAGCCUGUCCGGGUGCCCGCGUGCUACCAAACCGAAGAGCAAACCGCGCGACGGCCAGGAAUCGGAACCGCUCAGAUGUCCGAUUCCCGGUUGCGAUGGAUCCGGUCACUCGACCGGCAAGUUUCUCUCGCAUCGCAGUGCUUCCGGAUGCCCGAUCGCGAACCGGAACCGGAUGCGCGUAAUGGAUACGGGCGGAGCGGGCACGGAAGGAGGACCCCAUUCCGGGCAUUCCUCCUCAUUGCAUGGGCACGCUAAGCUGAGCGGCCUGAAGACGUACGACGUAGGCCAUGAUCACGGUGGCGGUAACGUGGCCGACCCGCAGUGGUCCAGCUCCAGCACCACCACUACUACCACUACCACCGCAACCACCGGCCAGACAGGCGCCAAGAAGGCCAAAUACUCGGACGAACCACCGUACGGCAAGGCGUACACUGGCGAUAUGCUGCUACACCAGUCGCCCUCCCAUACGGACCAGCGUCAGUCGGUCUCGGGGGAAGCGACGAACCGGCCGGAUACUGGCUCACCCGGUAGCAUAGCACAGAGUGUCAGCCCCGGCGGUCACACCCUUCAUCACCAUCACCACCAGCACCACCAGCUGCAGCAGCAUCAGCAGCAGCAGCACCACCACCACCAUCACCACCACCACCAACAGCAACAUCCUGGUGAUGGUUCGGGUGUUGCGACGAGUAGCAGCGGUGGCGAAGAUCUGCUGUCGCUCGAGGCCGAGAUCUCGGAGCUGCAGCGCGAGAAUGCCCGCGUCGAGUCGCAGAUGCUGCGGCUGAAGACCGACAUCAGCGCGAUGGAGACGCAGCUCGGGCAUGCCGAACGGGUACGUAAGCUCAGGAAACUGAAGCAACUACGGCUAGCAACCGUGGCAACCAUGUAG